UCCCGUCAACCCCUGCUGGAACGAAGCGGCGGGAAGGGCUUGCGGGCCAGCAGGUGAAGUCUGGUGCCAUGGUGGGAGCCCAGCAGCUGGAGAUGCAGGCAGCAGCGAUGCCGGCGGUGGCCCCAGCAGGAGGCGGUCCCGGCGGGAACAGCGGCGAUCACCAGUACGAAUGCCUGGAAUGCGGCAAGGUGUUCAAGUGGUCUUCACGGCUCAUCCACCACCAGAGGACUCACACGGGGGAGCGCCCUUAUAAGUGCUCCGAGUGCCCCAAGGCCUUUAAGGGCUCUUCGGCAUUGCUCUACCACCAGCGCGGGCACACGGGCGAGCGGCCAUACAAGUGCGGCGAGUGCGGCAAGGCGUUCAAACGUUCCUCUUUGCUUCAGAUCCACCAGAGCGUCCACACCGGCUUGCGCGCCUUCAAGUGCGCUCAGUGUGGCCUGGCCUUUAAGUGGUCCUCCCACUACCAGUACCACCUGCGCCAGCACACCGGCGAGCGCCCCUACCCCUGCCCGGCCUGCGACAAGGCCUUCAAGAACUCCUCCAGUCUCCGGCGGCACCGCCACACCCAUACGGGCGAGCGCCCUUACGUCUGCACUGUCUGCGGCAAGGCCUUCACCCAGUCCACCAACCUGCGCCAGCACCAGCGCGUGCACACCGGUGAGAGGCCCUUCCGGUGCCAGGACUGCGGAAAGACCUUCACCCACUCCUCUAACCUGGCGCUGCACUGCCGGUCGGCGCACGCCGCCCGCCCCUCCCACACCUGCGUCAUCUGCGGCAAAGCCUUUGCCUCGGACACCUACCUGCAGCGGCACUUGGAGACUCAUGCUGACGUCGCCCCUCCAGCGCAGCUUUUCCUCGAGGAAUCGACCGCCACGGUGGAGAUGCUGUUCCGGUGCAGCGUCUGUCACCUCACCUUCCCCCUCCAGGAGCAGCUGCUGACCCACCAGGAAGUGCACCUGGCCCCGCCAGAGCCGCUGCCACCGCAGCCCAUCCAGGAGGAGAGAGCUGUGGCAGCCUCAGCAGCAUCCCCUGUGAUCUUGUUGGCUUGCCCGGUGUGCAGCAAGACAUUCAAGAGCACGGCGGGCUUAGCGCGGCACCAGCAGAGCCAGCACUCUUCAGACCGCACGUACACCUGCGCGGUGUGCGAGCGCUCUUUCCCGGCCCUGGCCAGCCUGUUGGGCCACCAGCGUUCCCACCCCCCAGCAGAGCAGCGGCUGGAAGAGGCGGAGGUGACGUGCCCGGCGCAGGCCGAGCCGGUACCUGUCGCUGCGGUGGCAACGCCCCCGCCCCCCGAGCGACCCUACGUUUGCGGGGAGUGCGGGAAGGCCUUCAAAGGCUCCUCCGGGCUGCGUUACCACCUGCGGGACCACACGGGGGAGCGCCCCUACGCCUGCGGGGAGUGCGGGAAGGCCUUCAAGCGCUCCUCCUUGCUGCGCAUCCACCAGCGGGUUCACACAGGGCUGCGUGCCUUCACCUGCCCCACCUGCGGGCUGGCGUUCAAGUGGGCCUCUCACUACCAGUACCAUUUACGGCAGCACACGGGGGAACGCCCCUACGCCUGCCAGGACUGUGGGAAAGCCUUUAAGAACACGUCGUGCCUCCGCCGGCACCAGCAACUGCACACCGGGGAGCGCCCCUUUGCCUGCCCCACCUGCGGCAAGGCGUUCACCCAGACGUCCAACCUCCGGCAGCACCAGCGAGUGCACACCGGCGAGAGGCCCUACUGUUGCCGGGACUGCGGCAAGGCCUUCACCCACUCCUCCAACCUGGCGCUGCACCGCCGGACCCACUCACGGGAGCGCCCCUUCCAGUGCCCAGUGUGCGCCAAGGCCUUCGUCAUGGCCUCGUACCUGCAGCGCCACUUGCGUACCCACAACAGCCCGGAGACGCCCAGCCGUCCGGCCGCCCCCUCGCCUGCCGCCACGCAGGAGGUGCAAAUCGUCCCCAACCUGCAGGCUACUCUGAACGUAGAGCUGAGCAGCAGCCCGGCCCCGGCCAGCCCUCCUAACACACAGACUUUCCUGCUGGUGCAGACGGCACAGGGGUUGCAGCUCAUCCCGAGUGUGCAGCAGCAGCAGCAGCCCCCUCCUCCCCAGAGCUCGCCCCCCAAGCUCAUCUUGUUGCCCAGUCCCCCGGUGAUGCCUGCGGCGCCUGCUGCUCCGGCGAGCUUUACCCUGUUGCCGAGCACCCCCGUACUCCGGCAAGGUAAGGCCAAGAAGUCUGUGCCAUCCAUACUCCGGCAAGGCAAGGGCAAGAAGUCUGUGGCGCCGCCACUGGUGUCUGGCAGCCAGAACAUCAUUUUGGUGCCCGGCACUGCUGGGCCCAGCAUGCAGCCUCUCUCUCACAUUCAGAUCCAGAGGACCUCGGGGUUGCAGGCUGGUGGGCAGAACGUUAUCCUCCUCCAGAGCUUGCCAGAACAGCAAACUGGGACGGUGCACUUCCAAGCCAUGGCAGCUGUUGCGCCACCGACGGGCGCCCUCCAGAUUCAAGCCCUGCCGCAGUCUCAGCCGCUCCAGAGCCUGCCCGCUGCCCAUCAGGGCGGCACCCUGCAAAUCCAGGCUUUGCCUGCUUGCCAGCAGACUGGUACGAUCCAGAUCCAAGCCCUCCCACAUUCCCAACAGACAGGCAUCCUGCAGAUCCAAAGCCUGCCCCUCCCCCAGAACACUGUCCAGAUCCAAAGCCUGCCUGCCUCCCAGCCGAUGGGCACUGUGCAGAUCCAGAACCUGUCCGGUUGCCCGUCGACAGGCACGAUGCACUUGCAGACUCUUCAGCCUUCCCAGAAGGUGAACACCGUGCAAUUCCAGCCUUCCGAGGAGAUAGCCAGCAUCCAGCUUCAGACUCUGGGCCCGCCUCAGGAAAUGAGCGAGGUGGAAUCUGCUCUGUCCGGCUCCCAUGAGCUCUCUGGGGUCGAUCUGCAGCAUGGAUCAGAUGUAGAGGAGGAAAGCCAGAACCUCAUCGUGGUGCAGAAUUCUCCUGGAGACGAACUGCUGGGGCCAGGGGGUGAGGUGGAGAGCCUGGAGGGGGUGCAGGACGUGCACUUUGAGACGCUGCAAACCGAGGAGGGCGUGCAGAAUGUGUUGGUGCUGAGGGGCGCAGGGGGGGAGCAGACCCGCCUGUGCGUGCAGGAGGUGGAGAACAUCCAGACAGUGCAAGAGCUCCCCGGCCUCCAGUUGCAGGGUCCCGAGGGCGGCUCUGGUGCCGGGCAGAACCUGCUGAUUAUCCGCAAUGCCCAAGGGGAAGAGACUCUCCAAGUGCUGGAGAGCAUGCCGACGUUGCAGGUGAACAGCCCGCAGAGCGCUCAACCAGCUGGUGAAGGCGGCAGCGCCCCUCAGGUGGUGCAGCUUCUGCAAAGCCCGGUGGCUUCACAGGGCCUGCCCUCCAUCCAGAUUGUGCAGACGGUACCAAGCAUGCAGCUGGUCCACACCUUCUGA